GAGGCGGCCAAAAAGAGAGCAAAGACGAACAAAAAAUCUAAAAAUGGGCGAAUCAUCCAACAAUCUCACUAACGCAUUUUCACAAACACCUCUUCUCCUUCACACAAACAACAACAUUCAUCAAACAAGAUGGCUAAACCAAUCCCCCAAAUCCUCGCAUCAUUCCUGCUCCUCUCUCUCUGCCGCAUCUCCUCCGGCGCCCCCAACACCGCCGUGAAGAGCGUCCUCUGCAACUCCGGCACCUACUCCAGGGGCGACCCCUUCACCGCCAGCCUCGCCCACGUCCUCGCCGAGCUCGAGGCCUCCACGCCCUCGCGCCGCGGCUACGAUCUCCGCAACAUCUCCCCCUACCCCAACGCCUUCGCCUACGGCCACGCCGCCUGCAACGGCACCCUCGCCACCUCCGACUGCGCCUCCUGCCUCGCCGCUGCCAAAUCCGCCAUGCUCGCCGGCUGCGACGCCCGCAUCGGCGCCCGCGGUGAGCUCUUCGAUUGCCUUGUCAGAUACGAACAGUACCCUUUCGAUGACUGAUUCGAUCAUCGUGUUUGAAUAAUUUUGUGAAUUGAACACAAUCAGAGCUUUGAUUUGUGCAAUUUGCUGAAAAAUUGGAACCCUAAUUUACAGUAUUCAGCAUCAUAAGCUUUAAUUUGUGUAAAUUGAACACAAUCUGAGCUUUGAUUUAUGCAAUUCGCUGCAAAAUUGGAGCACUAAGCUUUA